AUCACAAUGGCGACGUCCAUACUUAAAAAAGCUUUCCCUAAUUUACGCUAUGUUUGGCGCACGUAUUUUAAUGUAAAUGCGACGAAAGUGGUAAACAUAGAUGUUUCUAAAAGCUUGCGAUCUAUAGGAAGUGCAAAUUUUACAACAUCAGCUAGGCUGCAAAAAGAUUUUAUCCAUGAUGAGGAUGAAUUUAGUGGGAAACAAGAUGAAGCUACAGAUGCUGACAUUCAUGAUUUGCAGUCAAAAGAUGACGGGGGCUUCUCACGAGAAAAACUGAUUCGUGCAUUUCAAGCACAAGAGCGGAGGGCAGCUAAAAUUUUAAGAGAACAAAAGUCUGAUAAGCCUUUCAGGCAGAUGAGCAAUCCAUACAAAAAAAAGCGAAGAAAGUGUUACUUAUGUGAAUAUGAUGUUAAGCUGGAUUACAAGAAUACUCAACUGCUUAACCAGUUUAUUUCUCCCCAUACUGGCAGAAUAUACAGCAGUAAGAUUACUGGUUUAUGCAUACCAAUGCAAAAGAGAAUAGUGGUCCAAAUAAAAAGAGCAAGACGAUUUGGUUUCAUGCCCACACUACACAGAGAAGUGACAUAUAUCGGUGAUGCAGUACCAUACAAAGAUCCAUAUUUUAAACCCUCUAGCGAAAGCUCAAAU